AUGAUGGAGCUCCUAGAGGAAGAUCUCACCUGUCCCAUUUGCUGUAGCCUGUUUGAUGAUCCUCGUGUCCUUCCCUGUUCACACAAUUUCUGCAGAAAGUGUCUGGAAGGAAUUCUUGAGGGAAACGUGCGGAAUGUGCUUUGGAGGCCAUCCCCUUUCAAGUGCCCCACGUGUAGGAAGGAAACUCCUGUUACUGGAGUCAACAGCUUGCAAGUCAACUAUUCCCUGAAAGGUAUUGUGGAGAAGUAUAACAAAAUCAAAGUAACUCCAAAAAUGCCUGUGUGCAAAGUGCACAGUGGGCAACCCCUUAACAUUUUUUGCCGGACGGACAUGCAGCUGAUCUGUGGGGUUUGUGCCACCCGUGGUGACCAUACAAAGCACGUCUUCUGUUCUAUUGAAGAAGCUUAUUCCCAGGAGAAGCGGGCUUUUGAAACCCUGUUUCAGGGCUUUGAAACUUGGCGUUGUGGAGAUGCCCUCUCGCGGCUGGAUACCUUAGAAACCAGUAAGAGGAAAGCUCUGCAGAUGCUGACCAAAGAUUCUGACAAAGUGAAGGAGUUCUUUGAGAAGCUGCAGCACACGCUGGAGCAGAAACGAAACGAGAUUCUCUCUGACUUUGAGACUAUGAAACUUGCAGUGAUGCAGGCCUACGAUCCAGAAAUCAAUAAACUGAACACAAUUCUGCAAGAGCAGCGGAUGGCUUUUAACAUUGCAGAGGCCUUCAAAGAUGUGUCUGAACCCAUUAUAUUUCUGCAACAGAUGCAGGAGUUCAGGGAAAAAAUCAAGGUGCUCAAAGAAACUCCUUUACCUUGUUCCAGUGUGGACAUCAGCCCUACAAUGAAGAGCUUUGAUACCAGCCAGUGGAAUGGAAUAAAACUAGUUGAUGUGGACAAACUUUCCUUGCCUCAGGAAAACAACACUCUUAAAUUCAAGAUUCCCUCACGCAGAUUUAUAGUGACCUCUCUUAUUUGCUUGCUUAUUCUUGCUGUCACCAGAAUGUCCUUUGUGGAGUCAGUCGUUGAUAAUCUCCAGUGCUGGAAAUCUCAGUUCUUUACAAUUGGCUUGUCCUAUUUGGCAGAUACAGUGGAGAUAGCAGAUCAUGCAGUCUUUUACUGGGAACAGAUGACAGAUGGAGCUUCACUUCUAAGAGAAAAGUGUAAAAACUAUACAUUGGUUGUACUGGAUAAUGUUGCACAGUUUGUGUGCAAAUAUAAACUGUUGUGA